CCGUGAGGCCAGCGGGACAGGUGAGCCCCUCUCCACGCCCGAGCGCCUGCUUGGGCUCCGCCGGCGUGCUUUCGUGGGACGUCCCGGCAGCCGUGCGCCCCGGGCAGCGGACACGCGUGGCCCCCUCCGCUCUGCACCGGCAGGGAUGCGACGAUGGAUCUGCAUGCUGCCACCCUCAGGCCCCGCAGGAUCCAGAACCAGAAUGUCAUCCACCGCCUGGAGCGCCGGCGCAUCAGCUCGGGGAAGGCAGGCACGCACUGGCACCAGGUGCGUGUGUUCCACCAGAACGUCUUCCCCAACUUCACGGUGGUCAACGUCGAGAAACCUCCCUGCUUCCUGCGGAAGUUCUCCCCUGAUGGGCGCUACUUCAUCGCCUUCUCCUCAGACCAGACCUCGCUGGAGAUCUACGAGUACCAGGGCUGCCAGGCCGCACAGGACCUGCUGCAGGGCUACGGGGGUGAGGUCCUGUCCAACGGCAGCGACCAGCGCUCGGCCAGCGUGCGGGGCCGGCUCUUUGAGCGCUUCUUUGUCUUGCUGCACAUCACCAACGUGGCUGCCAACGGUGAGCACCUGAACCGUGAGUGCAGUUUGUUCACUGAUGACUGCCGCUGUGUCAUCGUGGGCUCUGCUGCCUAUCUGCCGGACGAGCCACACCCACCCUUCUAUGAGGUGUACCGCAACAGCGAGUCAGUGACCCCCAACCCCCGGUCCCCACUGGAAGACUACUCGCUACACAUUGUGGACCUGCACACAGGUCGGCUGUGUGACACACGCACACUCAAGUGUGACAAGGUGGUGCUGUCGCACAACCAGGGGCUGUACCUGUACAAGAACAUCCUGGCCAUCCUGUCGGUGCAGCAGCAGACCAUCCACGUCUUCCAGGUCACGCCCGAGGGCACCUUCAUGGAUGUGCGCACCAUAGGCCGCUUCUGCUACGAGGAUGACUUGCUCACCGUGUCGGCCGUGUUCCCUGAGGUGCAGCGCGAUGGGCAGACGGGCAUGGCCAACCCCUUCCGGGACCCGUUCAUCAACUCCCUCAAGCACCGCCUACUGGUGUACUUGUGGCGCCGGGCGGAGCAGGAUGGCAGUGCUAUGGCCAAGAGACGCUUCUUCCAGUAUUUUGAUCAGCUGCGGCAGCUGCGUAUGUGGAAGAUGCAGCUGCUGGAUGAAGACCACCUUUUCAUCAAGUACACAAGUGAGGAUGUGGUGACCCUGCGUGUCACAGACCCCUCCCAGGCAUCCUUCUUUGUGGUGUACAACAUGGUGACCACGGAGGUCAUUGCUGUGUUUGAGAACACGUCAGACGAGCUGCUGCAGCUGUUUGAGAACUUCUGCGACCUCUUCCGCAAUGCCACCCUGCACAGCGAGGUCCAGUUCCCUUGCUCAGCUUCCAGCAACAACUUUGCGAGGCAGAUCCAGCGCCGGUUCAAGGAUACCAUCGUAAAUGCCAAGUACGGAGGACACACGGAGGCUGUGCGCCGGCUGCUGGGCCAGCUGCCCAUCAGUGCCCAGUCCUACAGUGGCAGCCCUUACCUGGACCUGUCUCUGUUCAGUUAUGAUGACAAGUGGGUGUCUGUCAUGGAGCGGCCCAAGACUUGUGGGGAUCACCCCAUCAGGUUCUAUGCACGUGACUCUGGCCUGCUCAAGUUUGAGAUCCAGGCAGGCCUGCUGGGCCGCCCUAUCAGCCACACAGUGCGCCGCCUGGUGGCCUUCACCUUCCAUCCCUUUGAGCCCUUUGCCAUUUCCGUGCAGAGGACGAAUGCAGAGUACGUCGUCAACUUCCACCUGCGGCACUGCUGCACCUAGGCACUGGGGCCGGGCCCCUGGGUUAGAGCCGCUUGCCUCUUCCCUGUGGGAGGUCCAGAUCCAGUGGCACUUGCUGCUACAGGUCUUCACACCAAGAACAAUAAAGCAGUCCUAUUUUCUUA